AACACUGGUGGCGCCUGAAUACUGGACACUACCUUAAGCUACGUCUUGCUCAAAGCGUGUAUCCAGGAUGUGUGACAAAACGGUACUGAAGUCGCUGAUGCUGGCGACGGUGGCGGCGUGCGUGGUGGCGCGGCCGGAGCCUCCGUCGUCAUACGGAGCUCCCUCUUUCAGCGCGCCCUCGUCCUCAUACGGCGCGCCCGCCCCUCAGUACGGACCCCCGCAGCAGCAGCCGAUUGUACACAAACACGUAUAUGUGCACGUGCCUCCCCCGGACAACGAGUAUCCGGCCGCACGCAAGCAGAUCUACGUGCCUCCUCCUCAAAAGCACUACAAGAUAGUGUUCAUCAAGGCGCCGACCCCGCCAACCCCGACCGCACCCAUCAUCCCGGUGCAGCCUCAGAACGAGGAGAAGACCCUCGUGUACGUUCUGGUGAAGAAACCCGAGGAGCAGCCCGACAUCGUGAUCCCGACGCCGGCGCCCACGCAGCCCGCCAAGCCGGAGGUCUACUUCAUCCGGUACAAAACUCAGAAACAAGAAGGCUACCCCGCCGCCCAGCAGCCCCAGCAGGAGUACGGCGCGCCCGCAUCUGCGCCUUCCUCCGAGUACGGAGCCCCGUCCGGCGGCAGCUCCUACUGAUCUCGAGACAACUUAUCCGGCCCUCGCGACACACCUACUCUACUAUCUACCAAACACAUGAAACAAGUAGCAAGGCGCUGCUAUGUCAUUUUCAGCGUACUACUGUGAUAUUGUGUUUCAACAGUCUUCUAGAAACGCUCGCAGUACGGUCAGAGGGCAUAGCCAAGGUGACAAUCGUUUGCGCCGUCGCGAAGGAAAAUAAAACGGUAAUCUUUCUCUAUCACUUUAUUAGUGAGACAGAGAGACAUUUGCUUAUCGUUCGCUAUACGGAGUGAACGAUUGGCAUCUUGGCUAAGCACCCAGAGGUAAGGUUUACCACGGUGGCGCAACGUCAAACUUCUGCAAGUUUUUGUAUCUUACAUCAAAUUGAUGUCAAUGUUUGUAAAUAUACUUAUUAUUUUUUAUAUAAAUAAAUGUUUUAUAAGUUAA